CAAGUUUAGGGCUGUCUCAGACCAGCACCCGACAUUUGUGCUAUAAAUAAUCACUAAGUUAUGACUAGUACAACACCCUAGCUUUUUCAAUGAGCAGCUUUGAGUCACAAACUAGGCAAGAAUGUUUAAACAAAAGAAUUACUACAAAAUACUAUGACAUGAUGAGCAGUAGAUCAUCAUCAUCAUCAUGUAAUGAUCCACCAGCAGUGACAGUCGUUGUUGAAGGGCGUUCGAUUUGCCAGAUGAUAAGUCUUCACAAGCUUGGUAGCUAUCAAAGCCUUGCUAAAACACUUAACCAGAUGUUUGUAGAUAGUGGUGACAUUAUUGAGUGUUCAUCACAAAAUAAUAAUAAUAAUAAUGUUGAUCUUUCAAAUGCUCUUCCUGGUCAUCUUAUUGCUUAUGAAGAUAUCGAAAAUGACCUCCUCCUUGUUGGUGAUCUCAGUUGGAAAGAUUUCGUGAAGGUGGCUAAAAGGAUACGAAUUUUGCCGGCGAAGCCAAAUUCACGCACUGGAAGAGUGGAGAACAAUAUUUAAUAUAUUUGUUUUUUUUUCUUUCUUUUGUGUAAUUUACUUAGUACAAAGUUUUGCUUAUUUUUUGUAACAACUUAUGAGACGCCGAUUAUGCCAUAUGAAAUUAUAAUAUUAAAUAAUGAGAUUAA